AUGGGGUCGAGGUACGAGGUGGAGGUGACGGUGGGCUCGGCGCGGGACCUCAAGAACGUCAACUGGCGCAACGGCGACCUGCAGCCCUACGCCGUGCUCUGGGUCGACGACGGCCCCAAGUGCUCCUCCCGCGUCGACCUGGACAACGGCGAGAGCCCCGAGUGGGACGAGAAGCUCACCGUCCCGCUCCCGCCGUCCACCACCCGCCUCGAGGACGCGGUGCUCCACAUCGACGUCGUCCACGCCAACGCCGCCGAGGGCACCAAGCCGCUCGUGGGGUCCGCGCGCCUGCCGCUGCGCGACGUCCUCGACGACGCCGGGCUCGGCGGCCGAGCGUCCCGCUCGCUCCGCCUCAAGCGCCCCUCGGGCCGGCCCCAGGGCCGCGUCGACGUCCGCGUCGCCGUCCGCGAGACCGCCCGCUACUACGACCCCGCCUACCCGCCGCCCUACGGCCAGAGCCAGUCCCAGUCCCGCGACCCCUACGCGGCCCCGGCGCCGUACGGCUCGGGCGGGUACGGGUACGGCCAGCAGCAGCAGCCGUACGCCGCGCCGCCGUCCGGCUACCCGGCCGCCUACGGCGCGGCCGUUCCCCCGCAGUCCGCCGGGUACCCUGCUGCCUACGGCGGCGCGCAGCCGGCGUACGGCGCUGCGGCUCCUGCCCCCGCGUACGGGUCGGGCGGGUACGGGUCGGGGUCGAUGAAUGACCCUGCGAAGAAGAAGGGGAUGGGGAUGGGGGCGGGGCUGGCGGUGGGCGCGGCGGCGGGGGUGCUGGGCGGGCUGGCGCUGGCGGAAGGGGCGAGCUACCUGGAGGACAAGUUCGAGGACGACGUGGCGGAGAAGGUGGAGGACGACCUGGCGGGCGGCGGCUACGACGACGACGACUACUAG